UGAAAUUUUGCAUCUUUCGGUUACAACGAGUUGUGGUCUCCUGCUUGUUAAUGGCGUUGGUGCAGAGGCUGCGACUGUCCUGGUCGGCUCUUGAAUGCGCUUUGCUGCAGGCUUUCGGAGUUCAACGUCGUUUGGUUCCUGCUCUGGUGAUAGAAGCUCCAGUAAGCUUCCCUCCCUAUGAAUCUGAAUCCUGUGACAAUGACCAGAGUGACAGCUCCAGCUUCCUUGAUAGUAUCUUCUGGAUGGCAGCACCCAAAAAACGGCGUACAAUUGAAGUCAAUCGCUGCCGGAGGAGGAGUGUUCAGAAGUUAGAAAAAGUUAAGAACAACAUAGAGGUCUGUCAAGAUUGCGGACGCUUGAAACUGAAGCAUGUCCUGUGUGCCUUCUGCUAUCAAAAGGUUGUACAUGAAACAGCUUUGAUACGAGCACAGAUUCAGGCACUGGAAGGAAGGCCACACAACACUCCCCCUGUUGAAAAUGUUGUACUUUACGCAGGAGAAAAGGCUACAGAGGCUGAUGAAGGAAAGCGGAUCAUUGAAAGGAAUCGAAAGCGCCCAGCAUGGUUUACAGUAGACUCUUGAUGUGAGCACUGCAUAAAAGGGAAAACUAUGACUUUUUGUUUAUAUAAUACAGGGAUUAUUAAAAUGUACCACAGUUACUUAAAAUAUAAUUUAAGUAUCCUGUUGUUGAUUAAAGAAAAUAUGUUUCGGGAAUUUAUGCUCGUCUACAGAAAUGUGCAUUAUAAUAAACCUUUUCUGUACAA